AUGAUAAAAUCCGUAGCAUCAUUAUUUAAGACAACUAGCACUAGUACCACUUCCACAGCGGAUAUUAAAACGGAUAUUACUUCUUCAAAUACUAUCAAUACUGUUGAAAAUUCUACCGUUACUGUACCAAAAGAAACAACGAAUGACACUCCUUUAAUACAUCUAGUAAGACAACAGCGACGACAAAAGUUAGAAGAAACGGUAUUAAUACGCAAAAUUGCUCAUCAAUCGGUAACGAAUUAUUACGAACAGGAUCAUUUACCUCUUUCACAUGUACAAGAAAAGUUAAAAGACGACGAGGCUCCUUUGGUACAAGUACAACAACAAUUGGAGCAGCAAAAAAAUGACGCAGUAAUUUAUACCGCUACCAAGGAAAAAUUAAAAUCAAUAUUUUAUAAUCAAAGAAUGUCGUACAGCUUUUUAACUAAACCAAUACAAUCUAGACACACCAUACCUACUUCAAGCGCUAAUACUAGUAAUAAUUCUACCGAAAGUAAUUCUACCGCCAAUAAUGACGUUGAUGAUAAAGAUUAUGAUGUUUGGGAUGAUGCAGUUAUCGGUCGUAUUAUGAAUUUAGUUGAUACUAUUGGAGUAGAUUCUCAAGGAACCACUCAAGAGACCGAGGAUACUUCCUCUGAAAAUCCAAUUGAAAAUGUGACAGAAAAGGAUGGUUCAAAAGAUAAUCCAAAAGAAGAACCAAUGAUUUUCAUGAAUGCUCGAGAGAAUAGAAUCGAAUCAAUGACGGAAGGUUUGAUCAAUUUUGAAGAAAUAAUUAGCGAUAAUCUUAAACUUUCUUCAAACGAAUCAGCAGAAGAAAAGGAUAACACC